AUGGCCCACAACCGACCUGACGCUCAUACCCGUGGUUCCUUGGAAGAGACCACCGAUCACUCUCAGGCACAUCCUUUAUCGGGGUACUACUCCUUGAUUUUGAAGUCCAAUUCCCCCUAUCGCGGCCAAGCAACAACCACGCAGCCUAAUACCCCUCCACUCGAGGACAAACCUGCUCCGACAACCAUGAGUGAAGCAAAGACUCCCCAAGAGAAGAUGUCCAUUGUGUUUGGUACACGUCUAGCUGGUCCUGGCCGUCAAUCCCGAUACAACCCAGGUGAAAUGCCACCAGAAUCCCAAUGGCAAACGAUCAACGGUGUGCCCAUCCCGCCCCGCCCCGAGGAGCCCGAGAACUGCUGCAUGAGCGGCUGUGUACAUUGCGUUUGGGAUGAUUUCCGCGAUGAGAUGGAAGAGUGGGCUGCUAGAGCCGCAAAGGCGAAGGCCAAGGGUGGUGCUGAGAAGGGAACCGCGGACAUGCGCGCCGCACCUCGAGCCGAGGUUGACUCGGCCAGUCAGAGCAUGGAUGAGGAUGGCGGGGGCAGUGAAGCCAACUGGCCCGCGCCAAGUCAGGACGAAGAUCUGUUCGCCAAUAUUCCAGUUGGGAUCAGAGAGUUCAUGAAGACAGAGAAAAGGCUCAAAGUGAAGCACCAGAAGGAAGCAUCGGUCUAG